UAUUACUCAUUCCACGUCCGGGCUUUGUACGUGAUGGAGGUUCUACUAGCGCUCGUUGUUAUUGUGUUUUCGCUGUUAUAUUUAUGGUUGCGGCACGAUGUCGGUCACUGGCGUAGACUUGGCAUACCUCACAACAAACCAGCAAUAAUUGUGGGUAACAUGCAGGAAUGGCCAGAUAAAAAGCAUAUUUCUCAAAUUUUUAUGGAGUGGUACAAACAAUUUAAAGGUAGUGGACCAUUUGCGGGAUUUCAUUUCUAUUUCUCAAAAGCCAUACUUGUAUUGGAUGUUGAACUGGUGAAGAACAUCUUAGUUAAGGACUUUAACAAUUUUGCCAAUCGUGGUGUAUAUCAUAAUGAACGCGACGAUCCAUUAACGGGUAAUUUAUUCUUCUUAGAAGGUGAGAAAUGGCGUCAAUUACGCCAUAAAAUGACACCAACGUUUACUUCUGGUAAAAUGAGACAUAUGUUUUCUACGGUCGUUAAAGUUGGUGAGGAAUUGGCACAAGUGAUGAAUGAGAAGAUUGCCCAUGAUGGCAAUAUACUCGAAAUAACCGAUCUCUUGGGACGCUAUACUGCAGAUGUGAUAGGUAGUUGUGCAUUCGGUUUGGAAUGCAAUAGUUUAAGAGAUCCAACUGCGGAGUUUUGCGUUAUGGGCAAACGAUUCUUUACUGAUCCACGACACAGCGAUAUUGUUGAUGCUUUUAUACAUAAUUUUCCGAAUGCAGCUCGGAAACUAAGAAUGCGUGUUAUCAAUCAAGACGUGCAUAACUUUUACAUGCGCAUUGUGAAGGAGACUAUAGCUCAGCGCGAACAAAAUAAUAUCAAAAGAAAUGAUUUUAUGGACAUGUUAAUUGAAUUGAAAAACACUGAGUCACUUAAGGAUGACAAUGGUGUGGAGAUAGGUGGUUUAACUGUGGAAGAAGUAGCUGCACAAGCAUUUGUAUUUUUCAUAGCUGGAUUUGAAACGUCUUCAACAACAAUGGGUUUUGCGCUGUACGAGUUAGCUCAACAUCAGGACAUACAAGCCAAUUUAAGAAAUGAAAUUAAAGAAGUAUUUGAUAAACAUAAAAAUGAAUUUACCUACCAGUGUAUGAAAGAUAUGGAAUAUUUACAUCAAGUGAUUUGUGAAACCCUACGUAUGCACCCCGUCUUACCACACGUAACACGACGUUCAACUACUAAUUACCAAACUUCAAACCCCAAGUUUUGCAUUGAAGCUGAUCGUUUAAUCAUAAUUCCUUCAAUUGCCAUACAUUACGAUCCCGAAUACUAUCCGGAGCCUGAAAUAUUCAAUCCUGGAAGAUUUACAGCAGAUGAAAUACUAAAACGUCCUGCUUGUACUUGGCUGCCAUUUGGUGAAGGUCCUCGCAACUGCAUCGGAUUGCGGUUUGGCAAAAUGCAAGCCGCCAUUGGACUUGCUUUACUAUUGAAAUAUUUCAAAUUUUCCGUUGCUGAAGAAACCAAAAUACCUUAUGAGUUGGUUAAUGAUAAUUUCUUAUUGAACGCCAAAAAUGGAAUCAAAUUGAAAAUUGAAAAAAUUUGAUAAAAAUAUUUCGAAUUAAGAUUGUAGGCAGUUCCGAUAAAGCGAAAUUUGACACAAGUAUAACCUCAAAGUGAAAAAAAUGUAAUACAUCUUUCGAUAAGCCAAUAUACAUUGUUGAUAAGAUUACACUGAUUAUUACACUGGUCAAGGUGAAAAUACAAUGUUUGCCAAGGCUGCAUGGAUGUACCUACUACAACCAAUUAUGUAUUGCAGUACAUACGACUAAUAUAAUAUCUUGUGGCACUUGUAUCCCAAUUAAUAAAUUGCUUAAUUCAAUUUAGAAUA